AUGAUGUUGACCUUAUUGAUUUCCGGUCCUAAACAGCCCGGAAAUGAUAUAGAUGUCUACUUGGAGCCUUUGAUUGAUGAUUUAACAUCUUUGUGGGAUGGGAUUGGAGGAGUGUAUGAUGCACAUAAUGGAGAAUACUUUACACUCAGAGCUGCAUUAAUGUGGACAAUUAAUGAUUUCCCCGCCUAUGGAAACUUAUCUGGUUGUGUUGUUAAAGGAUAUAAAGCUUGUCCAAUAUGCGGCGAUGAUACACCUAGUCACAGGUUGAAAAAUGGCCACAAAAUUUGUUACAUUGGGCAUAGAAAAUGGUUACCGAUCAAUCAUCCAUAUAGGAGGCAACGUGCAGCUUUUAAUGGGAAACCUGAAUAUGGCACGCCUCCUGAGCCCUUAACCGGAGAAGAAGUGCUGCAUAUGGUUGAAGAUGGUGACAGAGUUUGUUGGAAGAAGAAAUCAAUAUUCUUUGAUCUCGAGUAUUGGAAAUACCUUCCUGUGAGGCAUGUCCUAGAUGUUAUGCACAUUGAGAAGAAUGUUUGCGAUAGUAUCAUUGGUACAUUGCUGGAGAUCCCUGGAAAAAAUAAAUAUGGGAUUGCUGCUCGAUUAGAUUUAUUGAACAUGGGGGUCAAAACUGAUUUGCAACCCGAGUAUGGAGAAAGACGUACUCGUUUGCCUCCCGGGCCUUGGAAUUUGUCAAGAGCAGAGAAGAGAGAGGUUUGCAAUUCUUUCUAUGGUAUGAUGGUCCCUGAAGGUUAUUCUUCAAAUAUAAAAAAUAUUGUAUCUUUACAAGAUUCAAGACUUCUUGGCCUUAAAUCACAUGAUUGUCAUACCUUAAUGCAACAAUUGCUCCCUGUGGCAAUUCGUUCUGUUUUGGAGAAGCCUGCAAGGUAUGCAAUAACUCGUUUGUGCUUCUUCUUCAAUGCUAUAUGUGCAAAGACUGUUGAUGUUUCCAAGCUAGAUAAGUUGGAAGAAGAUGUAGUAGUUACUUUGUGUUUGCUUGAGAAGUACUUUCCCCCUUCAUUCUUUAAUAUCAUGGUUCAUCUAGUAGUACAUCUUGUCAGAGAAGUUCGUCUAUGUGGGCCAGUAUAUUUUAAAUGGAUGUAUCCGUUUGAAAGAUAUAUGAAAGUGCUAAAGGGGUAUGUUCAGAAUCGUACUCGUCCCGAAGGUUGCAUUGCUGAGCGGUAUAUAGCUGAAGAAGCUGUAGAGUUUUGUACCGAGCAUUUAUCUGAUGUUAGUAUAGUUGGAGUGCCUUCAAGCCAAAAGAUGGGAGUUUCAAAGCCAUUAUCAGGUUGCACAGUGAGCGUAGUUGAUCGGGACCUGUUGAACCAAGCACAUCUAUAUGUCUUGGAGAAUACGGAGGAAGUCCUACCUUAUAUCGAGCAACAUAUGAUCCACAUUAAGACCGCUUAUCCAAAAUUUAGAAAGAGAACAAAGUGGCUGCAGGAUAAGCACAAUAGCACUUUCAUUCAAUGGCUAUGCUUCAAGGUUCAAAGUGAACUUAAUGAGGAAGACAAUCAUGGCGUAUCAGAAAAUUUAAGGUGGCUAGCAGCUGGUCCAAACAUGGCAGUGCCAUUAUAUAGGAGCUAUCUCAUUAAAGGUAUUAAAUUCAACAUCAAGGCACAAGAUGAUGUGCGGACAACUCAAAAUAGUGGAGUUUAUUUACUUGCACAUACUAUGCAAGUUGCUAGUGCCAAGGAUAAAAACCCAAUUCUCUCAAAUAUGGGUUUCUAUGGUGUCAUUCAAGAAAUUUGGGACCUUGACUUCCAAAAGUUUACAAUCCCAGUCUUUAGGUGUGAUUGGAUUGAUAAUACUUCUGGUCUUGUAGUGGACGAACUUGGAUUUACCCUUGUAGAUUUGAGUAAAAUUGGACAUAGGAAUGACCAAUUUGUUUUGGCUUCUCAAGUCAAACAAGUAUUUUUUGUUGACGACCCGAUGCAUCGUGGUUGGUUGGUAGUGUUAUCAAUGCCUAAUAGAGAAUAUAAUGAUGUUAUUGGUGAUGAUGUCUUAGGUGAUGUGAGAAUUGAGUGUGAGCCAUUUACUAGAGGGAUGCCAAAUGUUGACACAUUUGAUGAAGUGGUGGUUGAGUUAGGGAGUCAAAAUAUUCGAGAUGGGUGUGAAGAUAUAUGGGUUGAAUGA